GACAGUGAAAUCUUUCACGCCGCGGGACCAGGGGAAAUAUUUCUGUGUGAUGAAUUUGAACCAAAUGCUGUACUUCAGCCCUGGCCAGCCUGUCUUCCUUCCAGCCACCACUGUAGUGGCACCCACCACACCAGAACCCACCCCUAAGCACGGCAUAACUGAGGACCCCAACCUCAAUACUCUGGAUCCAGAGAGAAUACAGGAAGAUCUGAAUUUCUUCUGUCACAUCUUCAUCUGGGUACCCUUAGCAGGUGCCUGCCUCCUGCUCUUCAUUGCCCUGGUGAUCACCAUCGUGCUGUGUCAACAAACCAGAAGACGAAGAUGCAGGUGUAAGAGGCACUAAGGAACAGUAGCAGAGGGGCUGCUGCAGCCUUGAAUGACUCCUGAGAAACACCAGUGCAGACAGGAACAGACUGAGGGACCUGCAAAUGCGAAGCCCCCCGUAAAACCCAGGACACCAAACUAACACGGAUCAGCAUCUGCUCCUUCUGGCUUCUGGAUCUUCUCCUGGGAGCUGUCAGCACAGAAAUCCAUCUCCUACCUUAUCCACAAUGUCACUGCACCUCACCCACUCUGCCCUGACAGAUUUGAAGAGACAAGAGGGAGCACAGACAAGAAGCAGCACUUCCCCGAGAACUGUAAAGCACAACUCCUUCCAAACCCCAACCUUCUCUGGGCAAUUCCUAAGGCCAAAGGCCACCUCUGUUCCCAGGCCACAGGCACAAGAACCAGGCCAAUCCAGGUGCUGACAUGCCUCAGUGAGGAGCUGAUGAGAAAUAAGGACGUGAGCUGGACCUUUGCUCAAGGCUGUGUGCAAUUUCCUCCCAAAACGCAUCCAGAGGUGGAAUUUGCUACACAAAGAAAUAAUUAUCCCCACCCAACACAUCUUCUUGUUGUGGUGCCUCCCUACCAGGGCUUUUACUGUUUCAUGUAAUGGAAUGCAAGACUGCACUGAGAAGCUAAAUAUGGAUUAAAGGCCCUUACUUUUGAGGUUUUUACGGUUCUGGGGGCUAAGGUUCACUGUUCCCCUCACACUGUCCUUGUUCUGCUGCUACCCCCAAUCCACCUAUUUCUGCAGGAGUUUGGCCUGAGUAAGGAAAGUGGGAUUUGCUUUCUUUCUGAGGGAAAUGCCUGAGUGAUUUAAAAAAAAAAUAAAUCUUUGUCACUUGUUUUGGUUAAGCAGAAUAUUUAACAUGUUGAUAUUCUGGGGACAUGUUAUGGACUACUGUAAAUUCUGUUUUUUUCAGAUCUGUAUUUCAUGUAAAUAUUUCCUUAGUAUACUUGCAUUUUAAGAACUGAAACAUAAAA